CUCUCAACAUGCAACGACAUCUUUUUAUACUUUUGUCAGUGACUGUGCUGGCUUCAGCUGCACCAGUUCCUGGAUACUUCCAUGAGACAGUGCAUGCACCACUAAUCCACCCUGUGGUUCACGCACCCUUUAUACACUCAGCGCCCAUAGUGCAUCACGCGCCCAUAAUACAUUCGGCGCCCAUAGUCCAUCACGCGCCCAUAAUACAUUCGGCGCCCAUAGUACAUCAUUCCCUGCCAGUAGUCCAUGGGGUGCAUGCCCCCAUCGUCAAAUAUAAGCUAAAGUCACAUUACCAUCUCUUCGGAUAAUGGAGUUAUCACUGUCAUUUUAUUACUUUGUACAACUUAUAUAAGAAAUUUUAUUAAUUUAAUUAUGUAUAUUACUUUCAAAUAAUAGUUUAUAUCUUUAAAUUAACAAAGACUGUUUAUUAUUUUACAAAAGUAAUAAUUACAAUUUGUUACCCAUUUUUAUAUAAUUCAAUAUUUUAUGAUGUUUUAAUAAAUAAGAAGUUCAUUAGU